GGCCCCCCCUUUUUGCCAGUGCAGCACAGAGCUCUGAGCAUUGAGCAUUGGGGUGGUGGUGGUUUAGGCUUUGGUAGACCGGGGGGUUCAGUUCUGCCUGGUUUUGGUGUGGUUGGAGCAGCUGGUUGGAGGUCCUCCACUCUCUUGGCAGCAUCCGAGCAUCCCAUCCUUUUUCAUUCCUGCAUCCUCAGCCGAACCUCUUCGAGCUGAGAAUGAAAGCCAUCAGCCCGGUGCGAUCCGUGAGGAGCUGCUACGAGGCUGUGUGUUGCCUCUCGGAGCAGAGCCUGGCCAUCGCCCGGGGCAGCAGCAACAAGAGCCCAGCCUUGGAGGAGCCCAUGAAUUUGCUCUACGACAUGAACGAUUGUUACUCCAAAUUGCGAGAGUUGGUGCCCGGCAUCCCGCAAGGUACCAAAGUGAGCCAAGUGGAGAUCCUCCAGCACGUCAUCGACUACAUUUUCGACCUCCAGAUCGUGCUGGAGGAAGGGGCCAAGGGACGAGACCCUUCCUCCGAGGCCACCUUGUUGUCCCUUAAGGCGGCCGAACUCGCUUCUGAACUCUGCUCGAAAGACGAGAGAAGUUUGUGUCACUAACGGCUGCUGCAACAGCAAACAGGCAGCGAGUGUCGGUUCCUGGUUCGUUAUCAGCCGGAGGUAAAUAGCAGCUUCCUCCGUGGCGCCGAGCUGUCUGCGACCUCACCGGCCCCGGCAUCGCCUCCCCCGGGCUCGGGGGGCACCGCGGGGGGGGGGGAAGCAACUGGUCCCAGUAUCCCCCCUCCUCCUCCUCCUCUUCUUUUCCACUCUUUUCCUGGAGCGCAGCAUCCCGGCAUCAACGAAAUUUGGGGGGGACCACCCCCCCGACCCCCCAACUUCAAGAUUUCGAGAUGCUUUGUUUUUUAAUGAUAAGACUGAAGAGAGGCGGUUGUUCUGUAUAUUUUUGGAUGAUAUAGCAAAGAGUCCUUUUUUUAAAGGUGUUUUAAUGGGAUGGGGGGG